AUGAUGACUGACUUUCAAUACCAGCCUCAUUCUAGGCAGCAGACAAAACCAGAAGUUUCUUGUCCAAGUGUUUCAAUACCGCCGACGUUCAGAAUAAUCGGUCGCAAUGGGACAACGCUGGCGGAAAAGUGGAAGCCGCACUUUGAGUCCUAUAUCUCACUGGCAGUAGACGAGUUCCCCAAUUUCUUCCUCAUCGCAGGCCCCAAUUGCGGUCUAGGCUCAGGCAGUUUGCUCAGUGUUUUCGAAGCACAGGGCGACUAUAUCGUCAAGGCGAUCCGCAAGCUUCAAAAGGAAGACUACGCUACCAUCGAGGUCAAGCCCGAGCGUGUAGCUGAUUUCAGUCAGUACAUAGACGAGUACUUCAAAGGUACUGUGUACACGGACGAGUGCUCAUCGUGGUAUCGCGCCGGUAGACUCGGGUCACGAGUUGUAGCCCUUUGGCCUGGGUCUUCUGCGCAGUGCCUUGAGGUCCUGAGGGCGCCGCGAUGGGAGGAUUAUGAAUUUGAGAGUGCGGAUCCUACGGGGAAUUUGCUCCGGUGGAUGGGGAAUGGUUGGAGUCAGGUGUUGACUGAGGGCGAUCCGUCGUGGUUUUUGGACCGUGAUGUUGUGGAUGCGCCGGAUGAGGGGAAACCUGAGGACAGUGAGUUCUAUAGAAGGCGACCAUUUUCACACUAG